UCUACCAGCCCGCACUUUGCUCCUUCGACGGAAUUCGUCCAGAACCCAUGGAUGACCGCCACAGUCCUCCUAUCGCUGAAACUCGAGCGCAGUCUACAUCUCUGUCCGUGCCCUAUUCCCCAGGUACUUAUUGCAUCCAUGCCUUAGACUUUGGAUUGUUCGUGUCAACUCUUCAGACUUGAAAAUGGCGCCGAGCGUCUUGGUCGACACCUAUGCUCCGCAAGCCAUUCUCGUAUCUUGGGCUCAGACUCGUGCCUUUGCGCAGGAUCCUUCGACGAUCUCUGUAGUGGUCUUGAUCUGCGCCUAUCUAUCUCUCACUGGAGGUGCUAUGGCCCAUCAUCUUGUCGCCAGCAGUCCUUUGAUGGAUCCUUCACAAGCGCUUAACAUGUCUUCUCCGACAGUCUGUGCAGGCGAGCUGCUAAUCAUGCUGUACUACUGGUUGCGCUUUGGCUUCACCGAUUUGCGCUUUCGUGGAGCCUCGAAGCUGCUUGUUGCAGACUUCGAGGCCACUGGAAACCAUCUGACCCCAGAUUACAAACAUCUUCGAUACUCUAGAGCGUGGUUGUCUGUUGCGCUGUCACUCCUCGGUAUACUGCUUUUGAUCAUAUCGCAAUCCAGGACAAUCGGAUCUAUCAGCCUUCCAUAUCUGGUGUACUUGGCUGCUGGGUCGUUGGCGCUCGUGCCAGCCUCCCGCUUGCUCCUCUAUCGGGGAGUUACACACGUCGUCUCCGAAGACCGCCAAUUUCGACUACAUAAGAUGCAUGCAAACACUCACCUGGAUGCACGCUCGAGAUCUAUCAAUUGCGUCUUGGCUCGUUGUCAAUUCCUGCAGCUAUCAUUGAACAUGUCACUCUGCCUCUCCUUCGUUCACCUGGAUGGUGUACUUAUACCGUUGUACAUGGUAGUGGUCGCAAUUAUAAGCGCUGCACUCGGAAAAUACAUCGGACUUCUCACCUUCGAGCAAAUCAAGCGAAGCUCUAUCGUUAUGCUGCCUGUGAUGCUUUGUGCAUUCCUCAUCACCCCAUCGCAGUCUAACUACCAAUCCGCAUUUUAUAUAGUCGAGCUUGCAGUCAGUACUGUCCUUGCGUUACUCUCUGGCGCAUUCACAAACGACAUUCUUGGAUUGUUCAACGGGCGUCCGGAGAAAUGAUUCGAUGUUGUAUCAAACUAUCCUCUUCGUGUUCGCAAGCACACUGCGUGGAAACUAUCCGGUCUAAACAUCCUGUCCUUUGAGGUUUGCUUGAUUAUCUUCAGCGUUGCACAAGGAGAGCUCAUGGUGGGGUUUCGGAUUCUCUACAAUAAUUUCGAUGCCUAGCAACGCUAGAGCAGCUCAAGUAUAAAAGCUCUGGAUUUAGCCACUCCAAUGAGGCCGAAAAAAGCGUAAUACACAUAGUAGGGAUAGACAGCGCAUACAUGCAAUUUGUCCACCAAUCAGCCUGCUUUAGAACGAGUCUUGCUACAUACGUUCAGCCCCCAGCGCUGCAUACCGGCGCUUAGAUCAUACAACACCUAUCACUCUGCUUCCAAUAACUGUGUCGUCCGUUCUUGAAUUUAGAGGUUGAAAAUUGGCGGCCAUUCACAGCGUCGCAAGCUAGAGUUCUGGCGCA